UAUCGAAAACUGAAAUCCAUCGAAUUCUCAUUUCCAAAAACCCUAGUGCAUUUUCAAGAAUCUUGUAGAGUCGAAGAACAACAACUCCCCUGCACGAGCGCUCUGCUCGAAGCAAAAUUAGGGUUAGGGUUUGUAAAGAAAAGGAAAACGGUAAUCAGACUGUGGAUGAUGAAGAAUAUAUAUUGCUCGUGAACGAACAAUUUAAACCAGAGAAAUGGAUGAGGAAAAUUUGGGAGUUUCGGCGAUUGAUAGCGCCGCGGAAUGCGGCUCGAUUGUGGAAUCAGGUGAUUCGACUGUGAUGAUCGGCGGCGAGAGAAGAGAGGUGGCGUCGGUGGAGGAUGAAACGGUGGCGGUUGGCGGAGGUACGGUGGAGGUUCCGGCUGAGGAUGGCGGCGGUGAAGUGGCAGCUUCAGAACCGCUGGAGGAAGGAGCUAAUCGAGUGGAUGGUGAGGAAGGAGCGGAGCGAGUGGAUUGUGCAGAGAAGGUGGGGGUGGCUGCUGAUGGAGUCAAUACGUCUGUUCUUGAUGAAUCAGUAGUGAAUAAGGAAGGUGAUGAAAUGGCAAUCGACCCUGAGUCUGAAACAAAAAACGAAGAAGAGAUUGUACAUGUUCUUGAUGCCAAAUUGGAGGCGGAUGUUACUCAUUCUGAAUCGCUAUUGGACACCGGAGGGGUUGAAAUUGCCGAGGACACACAUCUUGUUCUCGAUGCCAAGUUGGAGGUGGAUGUUACUCAUUCAGAAUCGCAAUUGGAUGCCGCAGGUGUUGAAAUUGCCGAGGACACACAUCUUGAAGUGAAAGGUGAGGAAGAAUUUAGGCCAGUGGCCGAUACUGAUGCAGUCUGUGAGCAGCAGUUGUCUGAAUUGCAAACAGAUGUGGCAGGGGGUGAAUUGAACAUGGUGAUGGAGGGAACUGAGUCGUUGAAUGAUCACCAUGAGGGGGAGUUGGGCAAGGAAGAAGUGGAUGUUGCAGCAUUGGGGGGAGUGGAGAAUGAGUCAGUGGCCGAUACUGAUGCAAGCUGUGAGCAGCAGUUGUCUGAAUUGCAAACAGAUGGUGCAGGGGGAGAAUUGAACGUGGUGAUGGAGGAAACUGAGUCGUUGAAUGAUCAUCAUGAGAGGGAGUUGGGCAAGGAAGAAGUGGAUGUUGCAGCAUUGGGGGGAGUGGAGAAUGAGUCAGUGGAGAGAAUGACAGUGGACAAUUGCGCAGAGACAGCUGCAAGGAGUGAUGAUGUUGCUGAGGAGAGGGGGGAUUUUUUAGUAAAUGAUUCAGAAUGCGGGGCAGGUGAAAAAUUAACUGAGGUUGAAGAGGAGGUGAAAGGUGAUGCUGAGGCUGUAGCAGAAAUAUCGGCCGCAGAAGUUGAAACAGAUGGCAGCGUGCAUCUAGCUAAAGUUUCUGAACAAGAGCAGGUACAUGAAUCAAAUGAAGGUUUGGAAGAUGUUAGUGACCACGAAAGAAACGAGCAUGCUGAGGAUAAAGCGGUGGUGGCUGCAGAGGUGAGUCAGAUUUCUGAAACGAAGAUGGUGGAUGAUGAGAACUUUAGCUUGAAGGUCUCAAGUGAUGUGCAUUUGAACGAGUCAGAAUAUAAGGAGGACACAGACCUCCCUGCAAGAGAUAUCAAACAAGAAGAAGAGUCCAGAGUAGAAUCUGAGAUGACAAGGAAUGCUGAGGUGGAUCAUCUGGCUAAAGAUGCUGAAAUAGAUGCUGACAUGGGAACCAACUCCAUCGACUCUAAAACCCCAGAUGACGAUGGAAAAAUGGAGACAGAGGAUACAAUGAGUGAUGUAGAUGAGACUGCUCAAGACAUGUAUGAUUCACCUGGUGGACUACAAGACGAAGAAGAUGAAACAAUUGCUGCUGAGGAGGAGACUGGGAUGCAAGAUACUGAAAUGGAGACUGAAACUGAUAUGGCAGAAUCAGGGAAAUCGCCAGGAGGGAAGCGGAAGAGAGCAAAGUUGACAAAAAGUCCAUCCAUAACUAGGGCAUUGGGUAAAGGAUCAUCACGGAAGACUGUGGGAGAGGAUGUUUGUUUCAUCUGUUUUGAUGGUGGGGAACUUGUGCUAUGUGACCGCAGAGGUUGCCCAAAGGCCUAUCAUCCUUCCUGUGUAAAUCGAGAUGAAGCAUUUUUCAAAUCUAAGGGUCGCUGGAACUGUGGCUGGCAUUUGUGUAGCAUUUGUGAGAAGAAUGCGCGCUAUAUGUGCUAUACAUGUACCUUCUCUCUGUGCAAAAGUUGCACUAAAGAUGCAAUUAUCUUAUGUGUCCGAGGAAAUAAAGGAUUUUGUGAGACCUGCAUGAGAACUGUUAUGUUGAUUGAAAACAAUGAACAGGCUCAAAUUGACUUUGAUGACAGAAGUAGCUGGGAGUAUCUCUUCAAGGAUUAUUACUUAGAGUUAAAAGCUAAGUUGUCAUUGUCAUCAAGUGAGAUUUUAGAGGCUAGAAACCCUUGGAAGGGAGCAGAUGUGUCUGGCACCAGCAAAACGGAGUCAGCUGAAGUGAAGGCUGAUGCAAAUGAAGGAGGUUCCGAUUCAGAUGACUCUGUUGAGAACUCUGAAACUGUCAGGCCUAAAAGAAGAAAGAUAAGAAAACAAUCAAAAUCCAGGUCAAAAGUUGAUACUGGUGUUGCAUCCCGAGAGAGAGCUGUUUCUUUAUCUGGGAAUUCUGAGUGGGCAUCACAGGAGCUACUUGAAUUUGUCUCGCAUAUGAAAAAUGGUGACAUAUCAUUAUUGUCUCAGUUUGAUGUACAAGCACUUUUGCUUGAGUAUAUUAAAAUAAACAAGCUGCGUGAUCCUCGUCGGAAAAGUCAAAUUGUGUGUGAUGCAAGACUUGAGACUUUAUUCGGGAAACCUCGAGUUGGGCAUUUUGAAAUGCUAAAGCUUAUUGAAUCUCAUUUUCUCAUAAGAGAUGAGCAAAAUGAUGAUCUUCAAGGGAUUGUCGUUGAUACUGAGAAUGACCAGUUAGAUAUUGAGGCCAGUCCUGAAACCCUAACUAAGGGUGGCAAAGAUAAGAAACGUAAAUCACGCAAGAAAGGGGAUAAUCGGGGGCCUCAGUCUAAUCUUGAUGAUUAUGCAGCUAUUGACAUGCAUAACAUUGGUUUGAUCUACCUGCGAAGGAAGUUGAUGGAGGACCUACUUGAAGAUACUGAAACAUUCAAUGAGAAAGUUAUCGGAACAUUUGUACGCAUAAGGAUAUCUGGUAGUAACCAAAAGCAGGAUUUAUAUAGAAUAGUUCAAGUUGUAGGAACUAGCAAAGCAGCAGAACCUUACAAAGUUGGCAAAAAAACUACUGAAACAAUGGUAGAGAUUCUAAAUCUAGAUAAAACUGAAAUAAUAUCAAUUGAUACAAUCUCAAAUCAAGAGUUCACUGAGGAUGAAUGCAAACGUCUGCGCCAGAGUAUCAAGUGUGGACUCAUUAGUCCUCUGACUGUGGGUGAGAUCCUUGACAAGACGACAGAAAUACAGGUGGCCAGAGUCAACGAUUGGCUGGAAUCAGAGACCUUACGGCUUAGUCAUCUUCGUGAUCGAGCAAGUGAUUUAGGCCGUAGAAAAGAGCUUAGAGAAUGUGUUGAGAAGUUGCAGCUUUUGAAGACCCCUGAAGAGCGUCAACGCAGACUAGAUGAAAUACCGGAAAUUCACGCAGAUCCGAAGAUGGAUCCUAGUCAUGAAUCGGAAGAUAAUGACAGUGAUAAUGAAGAUGCUAGACGAGAUGCUUUUAUGAGAUCUCGAGGUUCUGGUUUUAGUAAGAGAGGGAGGGGCCCAAUCUCUCCUGGAGGGGAUAAUUAUGUAAAGGAAUCUUGGAGUGGGGGAGGAAAAGCUACACCGAGCAGGAACCUGUCCGGCAACAACUUUUCAACCAAUACUGGCCAUAUUGGUGAGAUAGUAAAUGAGAAUUUGUGGAAUUUAGAUAGAGACAAGUCGACCCAAGACUCGGACAAUUUUAAUAGGCCAAAUUCUACUACUACUAAGUCUGAAUCUGCUGAACGCGCUCAGCGCACUGUAUCCCGACCUGAAUCUGCUUCUGGUGUUGCGUCACUGCCCUCGCAAGGGUCUUACUCUGCUGUGGCUGCAGAACCUGCUGUCAAGAUAAACGAAUCAGAGAAGAUGUGGCAAUAUCAGGAUCCUUCUGGAAAAGUGCAAGGUCCCUUUUCAAUGGUCCAGUUGCGCAAAUGGAAUAACACAGGUUACUUUCCUGCUAAUCUGAAGAUAUGGAGAGUGACAGAGAAGCAAGAAAACUCUGUACUCCUGGUUGAUGCGCUGGCAGGGAAGUUUCCGAGGGCAUUGCCAGCUGAGACCACAUUCCCAGCAACAAGUGCGUUGCACAGUUCCCAUACAUUGGCCGGUCAUCCAAAUAAGAUUUCUGCGACAUUGUUGCACCAAGAAAAUGAGAGAUCAAAACUGAUUCAAAGUUCUGGUUCUCACUCAAAUAUGUCUGCUGAGAAGUGGUCUGGGAAUGAUACGACGAACCUACCAUCUCCGACUCCUAAACAAAGUAACGCUGGGUGGUCUGGAGGGAAAGCGGCAGGUCAUCUCACUGUUGCAGUUCAAUCACCUUCUGCUAAUGGAGGAAUUCCAUCUUCUACUGCAGUUUUGCCUAAUCUUGCAAAUCAUCCUUCUAAUCCUGCAACAGUUUUGAAUUCCGUCGUGCAAAAUACCAAUUUUAGUCUGGCACCCAAGUCUCAGCCUGGAAUCAUGGUGAGUUCAGCAGUCCCUUUGCAUAAUCAGACAACCUCAAUGAGUGAACCACAUGUAGCAGAGGUGCACGGCCAUGCACGAGCCGCUGUCCCGCCUGUGCAUACUGUUAUUAGUCAGAAUCUUCCAGCUGAUACUCAGGUUAGGGGUAGUGGUUCACAGUCGGGUCAGGCACAGGGUUAUGGUUGGGCCCCACCUAACGUUCAGAGUUCUUCUGGAAGCUUCCCGAACUCAGGCCCUGUGUCUGGGAUUCAACCUGAUGUGUGGAGACCACCUUCUCAGAGUAGCCAACCAAACCUGCAUUCGCCUACCACACCAAAUGUAUCUUGGGGCGUGGCACCGGCUGAGAACAGUAAUCCUAUGGUGGUGAGACCUCAAAAUCCUAAUGUUGGCUGGGGUGCAAUGCCGGCCAAUCCAAACAUGGGUUGGGGGAAUCCUGUGCCAGCCAAUGCAAACGUAAACUGGGGCCCGGCUAUGCAAGGUCCACCGCCCUCUGGUAAUACUGCAGCAUGGGUUCCUCCACCUGCAAAUCCAGUUGGAGGUAACAUGCAAGGGAUGGUUUCUGGCAACCCUAAUCCUGGUUGGGUGCCAACUCAAGGUUGGGGUGGUGCUCCACCAAUCCCAGGGCCAAUGCCUGGGAACGCUUGGGGCCCGCCAUCCGGAACUGUAGGGGCGCCUCCAGCUGUUCAAGGGUCCGGGCAAGGUAAUGCAAACCAAGGUUUGGCUCCAUGGCCUGGUGAGCAGGGCCCAGCUGGGGGUCAGUACUCAGGUCAACGAGGAGGCCAGGGUCGAGAUUCAGGAUUUGGUGGUGCCCGGCCUUGGAACAGGCAAUCAUCAUUUGGUGGUGGCGGCGGUGGUGGAAGUGGCAGUGGUCCUAGACAACACAGGGGAACACCGUGCCCGUACAAUGCGAAUGGGCGAUGUCGCAAAGGGGCAUACUGUGAUUACAUGCAUACUUGAUUUAGAAAUUUCGCAGCUCUUGUUGCUUUAGGUGAUAGUAAAAGCUAGGUGAUACUUGCCUUUCGCUUUUCCUAUUUCAUUUUUCUAUAAAGUUGACUUAUUUAGGUAUUUAAAUUUGUAAACUUUGUGCAGCUCAGAUAGCUGCUUUUUUAGCUGUAUGCAUUUUGCGUAGUUGCAUAGCAAUUUUCUUUUCCCCAAUUUUUAGUGCUCACCUUUGUGCUCUAGCAACUUUGUCAAACCUAAAAUAAAGGGAUCUAGAUUUUUGUCCAAUUUACCUAUUUAAA